GCAGCAACAACUCGAGAAGCUUCGUCUCGUCCUGCCCCUCCAUCCCCCCCAUUGUCGUCAUCUGUUCAACAUCACCACCUCACCCUCCGCGCGCCACAGCUCUCGCACACAACUCUUUCCUCCCAAACCACUCCGCAUCGACGCGGACGCCGACGAGCAUCCAUCACCCAUCCAACCAUCCACGCACCCCAUCACCGCCCACAGGCCGCCCUCUCUCACUCGCCCCGCCUCCCUCCCACAGGCCGCCCACCCGCCCAGCCAUGUCCGCCGACACGCGCCCCAUAGAGCCCGCGCGCUUCGCCGCCGCGCUCAAGGACCUCUCCGUCGGCAUGCUGCACCUCAAGGUCCUCGAGAUCCGCAACUCCAUCGCCCACCUGCAGUACUCCAACGACCAGCUCCGGCCGUUUGCCGACGGCUCCGCGACCGCCCUCGAUGCCACAACCACUACUACCACCACCACCACAACCUCCUCAUCCUCCCCCGCGCCGCCCAACGCCGCCGCGACGACAGCCGGUCACAUCCCCGACCAGGACUGCGUCGACGCCAUCCGCGAGAACGAGCAGGUCAUGGAGCGCAUGGUCGAGCGCAUCGCCCUCGUCCGCCUCGAGGUCGAGGAGCGGGGCUUGAGCUGGACCGAGUUCCAGAGCAACAAGGACGAGGAGGGCCUCGGGCGCAAGGACGCCGAGGCGACCGAAGACGCACACCCCAGCGGAGGCGGCGGCGGCGGCAACGGCAUCAACCCAGCAGCUCCUGCUGCAGCGACAGCGGUCAACGGCGAGGCGCCGCACUCGGCCUGGACGGACGGCACGUUCCAGACCGGCACAAUACGCGGCGGCCAGGUGCGCCUCGACAGCCAGCAGCCAGGUCGCGCGGCGCCGACCACGACCACGGGCGCCAACGGGGAGGGCGCGCCCACCGGCGGCAGCCUGUCGGACGAGCAGCUGCGGCGCGCGCUGGAGGAGCGCAUGCGUGAUCUGGGCAGGGGCGACGACGAUGACGACGACGACGACGGUGGUAUGCAUCUGUAGUGGUCUCGUGGCCAAAAUUGGAGGGCGCACGGAUUCGGCGAGCAAUGGAAGCAAUGGGGUUCGCACGGUAGAAUUGCAAGGGCCUGGCGUUUUGGGCGCGUGCCUGGUCUACUACAGUACUUACCUGGAGCUUCUAUAUCCGGGGAGCAAACAAGAUUCUGUUACCACGUUACAGCGUGACGACGAAUCGGCGCACGCGCCGCCGUCAGUCCCGAGGCAACACUUGGACCGUCUCGUCGUCGUCGUCGGCGACGUCGCCAUCACGCAGCAUCCACAAGGCAGCUUCCGAAGACCGGGGGGCGUGCACAGAGAACCCCGAGGAGGGAGGGGCGUACGCUGGUGCAAGGAGCAACGGAAAACCAUGUUAUGCGCACGGCGCCGUAGGCCAAAUGUACGGCCGUGCUCUAGGGCAAGAUAUUCCGCAUCGACGCCGACCCAUGAGCCCCGAAUGCGCGGGUAGUUAACUAGUAUCCAAAAAAAAAACCACCCCGCAUGCAAUGAUUUCCAAAAGAAGACACCAAGCACGAGCCAGACACCAACCGCAUAC